AUGGGCUGGAGUAGGAAGAAUGUGUUACCAGGUGCUUUUGAGUGUAAGCUUUUUCGGGCUUGGUCCGGGCUCGGAGAAUUAUUAGCAAUCCUUCUCCAAACUGACAAAAUUAUCGAAAGUCGACCGGCUAUUAAAAAUGACUGGAACAUCUAUUGCCGGGCUAUGGGUACUGCUCAACACAAUCCGGCUCAGUUCGGAGUAACUGCCGAUGCGCUUCGCUCUCUUAUCACCGCCAUAGCCACGGUUGAAGCGCAAGUCAUGGCUGGAAAUGGACUUCGGGUAGGUUUUUUUGUCAAAAUACUUUUCAACCUUUUCAAGUCCUUACUGAAAACAUAUGCUUUUACGGAAAUUAGUUAUAGUUAUCGUCGUAGUUAAAU